GUCGCAUAUACCGGCUGUUUGACUCGGAAGCCAUACAAGCGUGUAAAGAAGAAAUGACCGACAGUGACCUCAAAUAAGAUGUUGAAGACCUAUCUUUUGUCUUCAUCUCUUUACAACACAUGAGCAUUAAUGUAGAACUCUGAUAAAACAGUUGUACAUUUUGAAGCGCCUUCGAAACGUCGAGUCGUUACGCUGUCUGUCUCCCGAACGUUCAUAUUUGCUGCGUAAAAUCAUGGAAAAUGCUGAAACAUCCGAUCAAAACGGAGCGACGCACUAUACGAACAGUUUAGUAAACGGAUUUCACACCCUACAGUCCGAUGACGGGGAGUGUAUUUCAUCUAACGGAGGUGGUCUGGGUGCUAGUGACAGUAGCGGUGGCCAUAAUGGUAUUGAAAAUUUCCACCAUCUUCAUCAGGAUGUACACAACAAUGGUUCGCCCGCGAAGCGCUGCAGACUCCGAAGACGCGUGGAUUCGGGAAAGAAGAACAGACCGCCCUUUCCAUGGUUUGGGAUGGAUAUCGGAGGCACUCUGGUAAAGCUGGUUUACUUUGAGCCCAAGGACAUAACUGCUGAAGAAGAACAAGAAGAAGUGGAGAGCCUGAAGAGCAUCCGCCGCUAUCUGACCUCCAACGUGGCCUAUGGAAACACGGGUAUCCGUGACGUUCACCUGGAGUUGAAGAACCUCACCAUGUGUGGCCGGAAAGGCAACCUACACUUCAUUCGGUUCCCCACGCAAGACAUGCACCGCUUCAUCCAAAUGGGCAGAGACAAGAACUUCUCCAGUCUACACACCACACUGUGCGCCACGGGUGGGGGCGCAUACAAGUUUGAGGACGACUUCAGAACGGUGGCUGGUUUGGAGCUCCAGAAGCUGGAUGAACUGGACUGUCUUAUUCAAGGUCUGCUGUAUGUUGACUCAGUCAGGUUCAAUGGCCAUCCCGGGUGUUAUUUUUUCCAAAAUCCCUCCGACCCUGAAAACUGUGUCAAGAGGCCAUUUAGCCUGGAGAACCCCUUCCCUAUGUUGCUGGUAAACAUUGGCUCGGGGGUUAGCAUCCUGGCUGUCUACUCCAAGGAUGAUUACAAGCGAGUUACAGGCACCAGUUUAGGAGGUGGUACGUUUCUAGGCCUGUGUUGUUUGCUGACUGGCUGUGAGACAUUUGAGGAGGCUUUAGAGAUGGCAGCUAAAGGGGACAGCACAAAUGUGGACAAACUAGUGAAGGACAUUUAUGGAGGUGAUUAUGAGCGCUUCGGUCUCCAGGGUUCCGCCGUUGCAUCCAGUUUUGGUCAUAUGAUGAGCAAGGAGAAACGUGAUAGUAUAAGUAAAGAGGACCUGGCCAGGGCCACUCUUGUCACCAUCACAAACAACAUUGGUUCCAUCGCCCGCAUGUGUGCAGUGAACGAGAAUAUCGAUAGAGUGGUUUUUGUUGGGAAUUUCCUUCGGAUCAACACAGUAUCAACUAAGCUGCUAGCCUAUGCCAUGGACUUCUGGUCUAACGGACAACUGAAAGCCCUUUUCUUAGAACAUGAAGGUUAUUUUGGAGCUGUUGGUGCCUUCCUAGAGCUACUGAAGAUGACUGAAGACUCCUGAGACACUGAGGAAAACCCAACCUUCAAACCAGAAGCUGCUGUAAGAUUUCAGGAAAGCCACAUCCCCUAAUAAGGAAAAUCCAUUUAAUAAUGUGAUGAGUUUCCAUUUCUCUUCAAAUCAUCUACAUGUUGGCCCUUCUAUGCUCGUGACAGGAGCAGAUGUUCAAGAGGUUGUGAUGCAACAGCGCACCAUUUUCAGUGUGUGAUGAGCUUCACCUCAUGCCAACUGUUUCUUGUCACUGUUGCCAUAAACCCAGCACAGCUUUGCCUUUGCCGUGUAUUGAUGAUUUGAGUGGAAGAUGAUUUAGGAUACUAAUGCUUGUAUACUCCCUCUACUCCCUGUUUGUGAGCUUUAUGAAAACAGUCGUAACAUAUGAAAAGGGUUUGGAGGUGAGUAUUAUGUGUAUUAGUGGAACAGCCUGCUGUAUAAAAACAACCUUCCCCAAUCCUCUCUGAACAAAUCAUGCUUUGAACCACAAAUCAGAUUUAUAUUUACGCAUAGAUAAGCGGUCUGUAAGAACAGUCCAUUUACGCGGGACUUUUCUCUCCCAAUUCCAGUCACAUACAAGCAUUUAUAAUAUCUGUAUUACGUUAAAAAUGCUAAGUUGUAUUAUUAAUCGUAAAGUCGUCUUGGACACUAAAGCGUGAGUACAAAUUCAUUCAUUUUUUUUAUAACAAUACAUCAAAUACCAUUUGAAUUUCAGUACUUUUCAAUUAGAUCAAUCUUUUAUUUGAACACUUUUACAGAAUUAGCAAAAUGUUGUCAGGUAGACCUGUUUUAUCUACACUGGGCCUGAUUAGUGGAUGAUUAGUGGAUUGUUGGCAUGAGUAGCUGUAGUUUCUAAGAUAUCUUUACCUCCUUUUAACUGUCCUGUGUAAUGAACAGUGAACAUAUGCACCUGAGCUGACACUGAUUGUGUUGGGACCAAAUUGUCUACAUUGACUGGAAAACAGUAUCUUCAUCAGAUGGAGAAUUCACUACAGUUCACUACAUAUAGUUUAGUAAGUCCUUUCUUACGGUGAUAAUGAUUUUUAUUCGGUUUUGCAGUCCCAAAUGCUGAGAUUUCUCUGAUCUGAAUGUGUUAACAAUUUACCCUGUGUAUAUACACUGUAGUGUGUAAUGUUUUGUUGUUUUGUUUUUAUUUAAUUUAACAUUUGCACAAACCAUAUUCAUGCCAUUAUGCAGUGAUGUCUUAAAUUUAAUUUGAGACUGCUAACCAAGACAUAUAUUUACUGUCAAACCUCCUCGCAGAUGCCUUUAUCCUUUCAGCAUUUUAUU